AUGGCGGAGGACUCGCAGUGGACCCGGCAGCUGGUGGAGCGACGCACGGCGCGCCACGAGGCCGCCAUCAUCAUCGACAACGUGGUGUACGACGUGAGCGGCUUCCUGGAGGAGCACCCGGGCGGCGCCGACGUGCUGCUGACCAACGCGGGCCGGGACGCGUCGCGCUGCUUCCACGAAGUGGGCCACAGCGAGGACGCGCUGGCGCUGCGGGAGCGCUUCCGGCUGGGCGAGCUGGUGGAGCAGGACCGCUGGCCCGUGCUGGCGCGGCCGCAGGAGGUCGGCGGAGCCGGGCGGCCGCUCACCUGGGCCGCGCUGCUGCACGUGCUGGGUCCGCCGCUGGCCAUGGCCGCGCUGGCCACCUGGGCCUACCUCUACGUGCUGUAG